GCCACCUUACAAAUGAUGGAUUCCUCCACCAUUCAAGUUGCUUUCCGCCGCAGCUUCUUUUUUAGCGCCUUUUUCCAUUUCAUUCUCACGAAAGGACAAAUGAAGCAAAAUUCACAACCUAAAUGGGAGGCCAAGAUUCCGGCAAAGCUAACAGGAGCUUCUCCGGAUCAAGUAUGGGUAAUUUACACUGAUUUUUUCAACUUCCACAAAUGGUUUCCGACUUUAGCUUCAUGCUACGGCGUUCACGGCGCCAACGGCGAGCUCGGUUGCAUCAGAUUCUGCUCGGGUUUCUCGAUCUCGUCCCGCGGUGGCGGCGGCUCCGAGAAGUGGUCGAAGGAGAGACUAAUAGCCAUCGAUCAUAGCAACCGUAGCUUAAGCUAUGAGAUAAUGGAAAACAAUAUUGGGUUCAGUUCGUAUGUUUCGACGGUGAAGAUUGUUCCGGGGGACGUUGAUGAUGGAGAUGGAUGUGUGAUCGAGUGGUCCUUCACCGUUGAUCCCGUGGAGGGAUGGCAAUUAGAUGACAUGAAGAAACUGUACGAGAAGGGCCUAGAGGGAUUGGCCAGGAGAAUUGAAGAUACUUAUAACUUGUAAAAGUUCUAUUUUAAGGUCU